ACUAGGUAUCAAUGGGUGUGGAAUACAAAUCGUUCAUUUGCUUUAUUCUUUUCAUGAAAACCUCGAAAAUGUAACAACAAUGGUGGAAAACACAAAAUUUUGCACACAUUACGUUAUUUUUAUAUAGUCAUUUUAAGAUUGAAAGUUUAACGAACGCUAUCAUUGGAAAGUGUGUGUAAAUUAAAAACAUGAGUGAUUUGUUUGAUUUUGGAAAAUGGUAACGUGUGAAUUGGAUAAUGAUGUGUCAGGAGAAGUCUUAGGGUGGAAGUUACCAGCAUGGCAAGCCCUCCUCCUGCACAGGGUGCUGCCCUCUUGCGGGGGUCUGGUCAUAUACAUCACCCUGAUAUGUUUUGAUUUGGCACUAAUAAAUGAACAUUUUGCGAACGGACACAAUGUAGUUGGGAGUUUUUGCAUAAUUCUGAUGGUGUUGCCAGCCGUGAUCAGCUUGGUGUUUACCCUGGCGUCUCCGCCCCCUGGCUUACAGACCGAAAUGUCUGCGUAUUCAGUGAAUCUACAGAAAAAAGACGUGAAAUGGGUGUUACUACAAAUUUGCAACUGCCUCUUUUUCCCUGUGGCUGCUGUAGGCAGAUAUUGCUACCUCAUAUUUUGGUGGAUAGAAGCCGUGUUUGCGUCACGUGCUGACGAUGACCAGCGCGCUCAAGAGGCUGUAAACUACGCCCGGAAGCCUUCUCCAGUGGAGCUGUACCUGUUUCUGCAGUCCUUUGUACAUGCAGCCCCUCACGCAUUGGUCAAUAUCCUGGAUAUCAUGGCCCGGUAUCAAAAUCCUGUUUUUGGAAAAGCUGUUCUCCAAUCAAUCAGCAUUAUAGCGUCUUCAUUGCGAAUGGCAAGCACAGCGACCAUCUACAGGAGAUUUGAAAGAGAGAAGUUGAACGGCCGCAGGUACCCAUGGAGCAACCCUAGAGAGGAAAUAGACAACGCAAAUAAUGAAAACCUCGAAACUGCCAUCGAUGGUAUCGACGAAGACAGGCAACAAAACGAGGAACCUAUUUACGAAACCAUAGAUAAUUUUGUUUCUGCAUCGUCACAUAGAACAAGUUAUAGGAAAUCUCGACAAACUAGUGAUCUAAUGCAGUUCUCGCCAACCCCAAGAACGAUUAACGAAUCAACAUUUUAUUAUGACUACGAUGACGUCUCAACGGAAUCGAAUAGUUCCGGGUAUAUUCCCCCAUUUGAGUCCAUGAGAUCAUCUCCUGAAGUAAACAGCGAUGAAGAGUACGUCAGACCAAUAUCGAUUAUAGAUCGGGUAGCGCCGCGGAGGCGAGAUACCCAGUAUACUAUACAGGAAGUAUACAUCCCGCCCCCACCUCAAAUACCAGCGCCAAGACCGGGUUCUUUCGCCGUAUGGGCAGAAAAAAUGGUGGAGAAUGCAGAGUCAAUUCCUAUGUGGCUUUCUGCUCCGCCAAGAAGGAAGUACUGUGACGAAGUGGUUCAAGAUGAGCCCGACAUUCCGGUUCGUGUUCCUCGAGCGUACAUGCGGGGCUUGGAGCCACAAGAUUUAACUGCUGCACUAGUACAUUUCCUAGCAUGGUACUCCUUUUUCGUCUCACGACUUCUCUCGAUUGCUGUGUUUAUAAACUUAUCAAUUAUAGCAUCAACUAUAGUUCUUUUUUCACAUUAUCAAGUGAUGCUAUUGUUUCUGAUUGUACCUCAAGCGAGUACCGUUAAGAGAUCUUUUUAUUUAUUUCUCGCAUUUGUGUAUCUGUUCUGCCUUAUGGAGUUUAAAAUUCGCUUUCGGCAUGUUCGUGUUUGGCAUGUCUUUUGGAUCAUAGUGGUCACGAUUGAGACAAUAGUGUUUACGGGUCUAUGGUUUGGAGUAAACAAUAAUUUGCACUUUUGGUGGCGACAGUACGUAGUGUAUGUGAUUAUUAUGAGCAUGUUAUUGAGCUAUAUGUGUUUUGUAGCGUAUUUUGUGCUUCUAAAACCUAAAGAAACUAUCGUUUAUUUAAAAAAUAGAAAUAAAAUGUAAAUAUUAAAAUUUAUCCAAUUUUACUCCUACUUGUAUAUGAUUUAAGUUAUUAAAAUAUACUUUGUUUAA